GAGAGAGAGGGUCCUUUAUAACAGAGAAAGAGACACCUGACCUCUGGGCUGCAGUGCUCUGUCCAAAUCUCAGGCGCUCGCGCUCACUCGCUCGCUCUCUCUCUCUCUUUCUCCCCCCAACUCCCGCCCCCGUGAAGCCAAAGCCCGGGACCUGUGUCGCCAAUCUGGAGAAAGGAACGCUCACGAAACAGAUUAAAGGAAAAAAUUCGUAUCCAACGGCUAUUCCUUCGUCUUCGGUUCUUCCAUUUUGGUCCGAUUCUAUUGCGUCAGCCGAUCUAGUUUCUUUGAGAAGAAAAGAGCUUUGAAGCGGAGGAUGGGGUUCCGGAUGGUGGAGGAAUUGCGGCCAAUUUUUUCUGAAACUCUGUAAAAUUUGUGAAAGAGAAUAAGUUUGGAGUUGGCGUGGACUCCAGUCCUGGGAACUUUUACUUGUAACUCGGAAAAUGGAUGAGGUUUUAAUGCAGAGCCAUAUUACAGCCAUGGAUAAAGCAGGAAGUGUAGUUUUGGAUAUUGAAAGUCUCACACAGCCGCCUGAUAAAUGCUGCACUGGAAGUCCAAAAAUGACUAAGGCUCUUUCUCGUAAGGGUUCCUACCGCAUGGAGAGGCGAGCAGGUGAGGAGCAAGAAACAGAUGAUGCAUCAAAAAAGCUUAUAGUUAAAGUGGUGCCUUCUCAGCUGGAGCAGUUGAAGCAGCCCUUGGUACCAAACAGAGCUCUUGUAGCUGCACCAUUUGCAGCUAAUAGCCCUGUUCUCGCAGAUUCUGGAGAAGGAAGGUAUAAGAGAUUCAAUCGCUUAACGACCAUCCACCCAAGGAAAAUUCUUCUCUUCUUUGCAACCAUGUCUAGCAUGGGGUCUAUGAUUCUGAUAUAUUUCACGCUUGCCAUUAACCGAAGAGGUGGACCUUAACUGCAGUUUUGAAGGUUGGGUGAGAGAACAGCUCAGCUACUUACCUUUAUAAAGGUUUUGUUGGGGAGCAGCACAGCAGAUACAACUAUUAACUACCUGCAGAGGAGGUUAUGAUUCUUUUGUCCCUGCGCUUUACUUUAUCUCUGCAAACGAGCAACGAGCAAUUAGUAGAAGCAUAUAGAGAAGGAACUGCAUCGCUCUGUACUGUGUUGUAAGAUCUAACUGCUGAAUCCCAACUGUAAAAUCUAAAACUCAGUACCAUGAAGCAGUGAAUUGUCUUGAAUAUCUUCAGAGCUUGCCUUCAUUGCACUGCCCCACAAUGAUACUGUUCGAGUGCGUUGCCAUGUUCAUUCCUGAACGGCUGUCUUCUUGCUUCCAGUUAUUUUUCCCUCUAUGGAUAUCUUUUGCUAUGUUUAGUGAAUACCAAGGUACAAUAAUUGGUCUGGUGACUUGUGCUUUUGGGUGGUGAUGUUUUAUGAUUCGGCUACAGUUUGGAGAUAUGAUCAUGUGAAGACUUACGUAAAUGUUAUAGUGUGGGAGAUUUACGUAAUUCACAUAAUUAUUGGUGAUCCAAGGCUUUUGAAAUGAUUGCUUAUUUUUUGUUU